AUGGUUUCCCAAAAAUUGCAACAGCAAAUUCUGGAUAUCCUGGCGCGUGAGCGAGCCCUAUCUCGCUCGGUUUCUCGACUGGAUGAAGAGAGCAGAGGCUUUAACAUUGAUCAAGAAAGGUUCUUCGCAAACUUCAAUGCUCAAGGUCUCCAUCACCGCCGGCGUUCUGCACCCGAUACUCGUCGCCGCCAUCGCCUGGUCACCGACGCUCUCUCUCACCACUCAACUGAGUUCCAACGUCCUUAUACUGAGGUCCAAGAUGACAUUGAAGCUACCUCCGACAAUGAAUGGGAUGCUCCUGGCCGCCAGCAGCCGGAUGGUGACGAUCUCACCUCUGACUACUCUCCUCGGGUCGUACAGCCUCGUGCUAUCGUUCAAGACGGCCCUGGCCCUGUGAUCGUACACAUCAAUGGCGAACAGGCUGACUUCUGCCGUCAGCGCCCUGCACUCGAUGCUCGUCCUCGCACGUACCCGGACGCCGACAUCCCCACCUCUCGGAUCCUAAUCCGUCGUGUUGCCGUCCAAGGUGACCUCGCAGUCAAACUCGACGACGAGCAGGCUACGCAGAUCCCCGAGGCUGUUCCUGAGCCCCAGGCAGAUAUAGAUGCUUCAAGACGGGCUCGCACUCACCAAAAGCGCCGUCGUGUUACUUUUUCCGAGGACGACUACAUCAUCAAUUCUUCCGACGACGUCUCUUCUUUUCCUGGCGUCCCAACUGACGAUGCCAACAUUCCCUUCACCAGAUCCGCUUACACCGGCGAAGGCCACAUCGUCAAGCGCGCCCGCCGCAAUUCUCGCGAACCAGUUCCUCUUCCUCAGCCUCCCACCCAGCACGAAAGCAGCCGCGCAACCCAUCAACCAUACGUUGGCAUCUGGAACCCGAGACUUCCGGCCGGUGGUCCCAUCAAGCCCAUACUCAGAGAGGAGUACGACGGUCUGAACGCCAGGGCAGACGAGGUCGAAAGCCGCACCCCUUGCCCGUAUCCCGACUGCGGCAAGAUGUUCGAGGCGGUUCAGUCCAAGGACAGACAUCUUAGACGUGAUCACCCAGAUUGGUGCAUUGUCAAGGACCAGGCCAACCGCGAGGCCAUGCAUUGA